UGGUAAGAUAGGAAUUGUGGGAUACUAUUGCUGUGCUGCAACACCCAAGAUGGCAACCAGAUUCUGUUAAUGAAAAGGACUUCUUUAGAUUUAGUCUGCUCUGAUAUUUAUGAAUUUUCACCAUGGAACAGCCACAAGAACGAACGGGAAAACAAUCUGGCGAGUUUAUAGUUGGCUUAAAGUACAGACUGGUCCGUAAAAUCGGCAGCGGGUCAUUUGGUGAUAUAUACCUUGGGAUCAACAUAACAAACGGAGAAGAGGUUGCAGUGAAACUCGAGUCAUGUAAAGCCAGACAUCCCCAGCUACUUUACGAAAGUAAGUUGUACAAAAUUUUACAAGGUGGAGUAGGUAUUCCACACAUCCGUUACUACGGCCAGGAAAAAGAAUACAAUGUUCUCGUUAUGGAUCUUCUGGGACCAAGUCUGGAAGACUUGUUCAAUUUCUGUUCCAGAAGAUUUACAAUGAAAACAGUUCUCAUGCUUGCUGAUCAAAUGAUUGGGCGUAUCGAAUAUGUCCAUAAUAAGAACUUUAUUCACAGAGACAUUAAACCUGAUAAUUUCCUAAUGGGAAUAGGAAGACAUUGCAACAAAGUCUUUCUGAUUGACUUUGGCUUGGCGAAAAAGUACAGAGACAGUAGAACUCGUACUCACAUCCCUUAUCGUGAAGAUAAAAAUCUGACAGGUACUGCAAGGUAUGCCAGUAUCAAUGCUCAUCUUGGUAUAGAACAGAGUCGUAGAGAUGACAUGGAGUCUUUGGGAUACGUUUUGAUGUACUUUAACAGAGGAAGCUUGCCUUGGCAAGGACUCAAGGCUAACACAAAAAAGCAGAAGUAUGAAAAAAUUAGUGAAAAGAAAAUGUCCACUCCUGUUGAAGUUCUCUGCAAAGGUUUCCCUGCCGAAUUCGCCAUGUAUUUAAAUUACUGUAGAGGCCUGAGGUUUGAAGAGGCUCCUGAUUACAUGUAUUUACGUCAACUUUUCCGGAUCCUCUUUAGGACCCUCAACUACCAGUAUGACUACACAUUUGACUGGACCAUGCUGAAGCAAAAGGCAGCUCAAGUUGCUCAAUGUACUACAGCUACUGCACCAACUGCAGGAAGAGGAUGAUCUUGAACGCAAUCAAGUUAUGAAAAUGUCAUCUUUCUUCCUUGCUUUUUUUUUUGUACUAUAACUCUUUAAAAAAAACACCAUCUUACCAUAGCUAUCAGGGAUUUGGUGAUAUUUGUGUCUUUAUUUCUUGAUAUGUAUUUUUAAAAAAGGAAAACAGUGCUGGAACAAUAGACAUGAAGAGAAUGUAGAGAUGGACAUGAGGGGAAAAACAAAGUGUGUAUAACAAACAAUGUAAUAACACAAAUAUAUAUACAAACAGAAACUUGAUGACUUCAAACAUGUUUUGGAAAUUUAUUUCUUUUUACGUCAAGAUGCUUGUCAUUGAAACGAGAUAAUGGAGCCUCUUGUGAUUAAAACAAGAUACUCCGUUAGACAUUUUCAUUUCUUACUUUAUUUUAUUUUUUUUUAUCCUUAGUACGUAAUUGAAUGAUUGAUACACAUUUCUCUCCAUAUAUUGGAGACAGUAAAAGAUAAAGAUAAUAUUACAACUGCUCUGAUCUAUUCUUUUCUUUAUUUUUUGUUAUUGUGAUUACAUUUGUACAAUUUCCAGUUCAACUGCAAUGUUCUUGUUAAAGUUUUGUUCAACAAUUCAUAUUCAUAGACAUUUUUUUUUAAAUUAUUAUUUGAAAGCGAUAUAAAUCUUUCUGAAUGAUAGGGGUUUUUUUUUUGUUGUUGUUUUUUUUUUGUAAUAUCAAUCCAAUACAUGGAAUUUUAGCUUUUCAUUAAUAUCAAUUAUAAAGAAAAUUAUUUUUCGCUUUUUUUUUUUUUUAACAAAACAGUAACCAAAUUUCGCGUUUUCUUUUUUUUUUUGUUUUAAGUUAAGAAAAUGUCAAAAUAAAAGAAAAAUAAGUUUCAACCCUUAAAAUUUAGUUUAAAAAAAUAACAAUCUUAAUUUAUUAUGAAUCCAAUUACUUAAAUUUGCUAGAGAGUUUCAAGUGAGAAAGUUACUUUCUUUUUUUUUUCCUUGUGGUUUGUGUUUUAUCUUUUCACCAAUAUAUAUAUUUGUACUAUAUAUAUAAAUGCAUAAAUAUACGCUACCCUUUCUAGUGAUGGUAGUUUGUAUGGAAACAAAAGAAAAUUAAUGAGUACAUUUACACCUGUUUACUUGUUCCUGUUAAACAGAGGGCAACUUGUAUUUUGGAAAACAGACAUACUGUAUGCCUCGUAUCGGUUGUCAUUGUUAUAUUGACAUCCAUGUGCAUUACCCUUUUCAACAAAUAAAUGAUGGCAUGUGUAUUCUUAGGUCUGUGGGCAUAAAGAUGUAUUAAAAGACAGUUGACAGUACCCAAUUCAUUGAUGGCUGUUUGAAUACAAAAACAAACAAAAAAAAGAUUGUGACCCAGUAUGUACACUAUACCUGUGCUACCUCCUUUGAUUCAUGGCUCUCUCUGUAUUGUUCACCUUAACUUCAAUGUUCUUUAGAAUCAUUAAUUUAUAAUUAAACUACCAGCGUAAAGAGUUAUGAUUUGCAGGUCAAAAUGAUGAUUAACUUACUCGUUUCGUGUGUAUUUUGAUUCAGCUAUUGUAGCUUUGCUGUAUUGGUCUGCCUAAUUGCAAUAGGAAAACUAUUUUUACAUUUAGGUUUAUAUUAUUGUGUUGAGGUCUGGUAUGCAUCUGUUUUUUUAGGACCACAUAAUUAUGUCUGGCAGAAAUGUUGAACUUAUUAAAAAGUAAAAAAAAAAUUAAUAAUAAUUUUCUGACAAAAUCCUAUUAUUAUUAUUUAUUUUGUAAAUACUUUCCAAAUUGUUCUAAUUUCUUUUAAUCAAAAAUAUAUUUUUUAAGAAAUAAAAUAUAGAUCUAUUAUAUCUUCCUAAGUUUGAAAGUAAGCCUUUCAGUAGAAUCAACACUUUUAAUCAUCAGUCUAGUUGUGACAGUAAAAAAAAAAAAAAACUGUGGAGAGAUGUUCAUUAUUAUUACUAUGUAAUUGCCAUUAUUUAUAAUAAUUGUUUUUUAAAUAUUAAUAAUAGAUUUUUUCUUCCGAUUAAUUGAAAAAUAUACUGAUUUCAUAACUAUGUCAUCCAGAUGUAAUCAGAGUCAAUGUGUAAUUAAAUCUGUUGUUUCAAACGCUAACACAUGUAUGCAUGUUCCUCCUCCUUUAAUGGCUCAAAAAAAAAAAGGUUAUUUAUUAUAAUACAUUUUCUCUGCUACUUGUAAUUUUAUUCUAUGGUACUGAAAUGAGUAUAAAUAACAGUAAUGUUUAAGGAAUUCACUUUUCUUGUUUAAGCUUAUUGAUGUACUUUCAAAUUUGUUGGUUUACAUUUCUAAGUUUAAAAAAAAAAAUGUACAGAAUGGAGUAGUUAGAAAAAUGACAUUCGGCCACCUACGCCAUAUGCAGAGGUUUUGUUUUAAUCAAGAUGUUGUACACAAGUGUCUGUGGGGCCAAAACAUUUGGAUCCUUAACAGACAGGAUUUCAGACAUAACCAAAGCAAAGGCCAUGUCCUUUGAGUAUGCUUAACACACACAAUAGUUAGUGUGGCUGGUGAUUGGAUUGGCCACACCAUACCUUUGCCAACUUUGUUUGUAACAAAAGUUUUUGGCAUUUAAUAAUAUUUUCAUUGGCCUUUAAAACCACGAGGUUUUGAAAGGUAAACUGGAAUUAUUGACUCUAUUGCACUAUUUCAAAUUAUAGUGUUACAAUUCUGUCCAGUAUGGCUAUCUUGUCUUUUAAAGAUGUGACUGGAACUUUCCUUUUCGAUAAUGUAUAGGUCGGAACAGAGGGCUUGUUAUCAAUAUGUCCAAACAGAAUUUUACUAUUUAACACUAGGUAUUGUAAAGGUUUGCGGCAAGGAAAACAGCUGUUCGGUUAAACUCUUACCUUGCUUGUUUUUUUUUUCAAUUCUAAUCACUAAAAAAGUAUAUAACUUACAAUACGUUUAAAAGAAAAAAAAACAUGUUUACCAAUUAUCAUUUAUAGUGAUGGGAUGUCCUGUACAUGUUCAUCUUAUGUAAGUUAUUUUUUUUUUAUAUCCCACCAUAUGUACACUUGGUCAGGCAUUGUUUUGUUGAGUAACUGAGUAUACACCUUGCAUCCUUUCUUUCUUUUUAUUUAUAUACGUACGGAGGUUUAGGUCUAAAUAUUUCAAAAUAUAAUGUACUUUUUUUUUUUACUGUAAUUUUUGUGGGAUUUUUAUGUUAGCAAUCUUUAUAUAAUGUGUGUUUAAACCCAUUAAGGUCUGCCAUAUUAUCUUAUUUGGGACAUGUGGAAAUCAUGAAGUUAAUUAAGCUUUUAAAUUGACUAGAUGGUAAUUAAGAAACUAAUAGGUUAAAACGGAAAAAAAAAAUAUGUAAUUACUUUUUCCUUAGCUAGUUGCAAUUUUUAAUUAUUAUUAUUUACCAGAAUUUCUAUACUAUUUGUGUUAUUCUUCUAAUAGUCUAGCUUGACAUUAAUACUUGUGCACAUUGAACAAUAUGCAAUGCAACUUUCCCACUUUAGCAAAUUUUCUUUUUUUUUUGGAUUGAUUAUAGUUCACCAGAAAUAAUAUAGCAGGAUGUUGUAACCCAAUGUUUAUCUGAAAUAUCAAAAUGUUGUCAUGCAAGUACAACACAAUAGAAAUACAAAGCAUGCCCCAGGUGGAGUUCAAGUGUCCUCUGGUUCAAGUUCAAAACUCUUGUGUCCUCCCUUGUUGUUAGCAAUCAAUCCUGCCAGGAAUGUCGAAUUGUAACAUCCGAUUUAGCAUGUUUCAGAAUUCAGCUUGAAUGAAUUCCUACAUGAGCAUUGUUAAAUCUUAUUCUUGAAGAAUGCUUAGUUAAGUAUUUUUGAACUGAUUUUUAACCAAAAAAAAAAAUUUUGAUAGCCCCUAUAAGAAUUUCUUCAUUUACAUUUGAACAUAUUUUUUGUGUGUAAAACUUGUGUAUGGUGGUAUCCGAUUUUUUUUUCUCUUUGUGUAUUUUUUUUUUUUCACGAACUCUUGUGGUCUUGUAAGUUUUAAAUGUGUACAGAUGUCCAAUUUUACUGUUUCUGUAUAUAUAUAUAAAAUAUGUUCAUGGCCACUCUGUGUGCAGUGCAUCAUUGUCUCUGGUGCACACCAACACCCUCUUGUCAUUGUGAAGUGCUAAAUAAUGCCAUGGUUUCAAAAUACAUUUAUUCAGCAGUGUGUGUAUACAUGGAUAAAGUCAAAACACAGCUAUUCUACAAUGUUUUUUUUUUUUUAACUCUUUACAAUUAAAUCUACAUUCCUUUGUUAGUUUUUUUUUAAUGAAGUUCUUGGCAUAAAAAUAUGUUCUGUACACAAAGAACAAAGAGAGAAAAAAAUGUAGCAGUAAGCAAGUGAUGGUAAGGCCAUGAUUUACAAAACAACAUUGUAAAGCCAUGAUUUACAAAACAACAUAUUAAGUUGUGAUUCAUGGAAUUGUAUAUUACUACCCAACAUUUCAAUUUUUUUUUUUUUUUGCUCUGUAGAAAAUAGGUGACUUUUGUUUUUUUUUGAUGGUACUGUAUUUAUAUCAAUCAAAGCUUCAGAAUGAGUGAUGGUUCUACGACAUAGCAGAAAACACUAUAAAGUAUCUUCUUCCAUUUAUUGUAGAGAACUGAAGACUGCUUCUGGCAUCGGCUGUAAAAUACAUAUUUGUGUGUGCUUCAUAUCCAUGGAGAAUAAAUGUAGACAAUUAUACAUGUGA